AUGACUAAAGAUGUGAAGAAAGAGAAGGAACUGAAAGGCUUCGACCAAAUCUAUAGUCGGAUACCGCACUUGUCCGGCUACCAGAUUUGCAUUCUUCUUUUUUCGAGUUAUACGAUCAUCUUAUCAGGCGCGGUUCAAAAUGCCAGUGUUAUUCUCAACGCAAAACCUGAAGAAUACCGCUGCAUUCCAGAAGGAAUCAAUUCUACCGACUACGCCCUUAUUGAUUCUCUCAGUCCGCAAAACCCGUGCCGAGUGUACGAUUUGACGAACGUGACCGACCACUGCGACGCCCUUAAUGACCCGGCCAGCUGCUUGGACUUGAUUGAGACGGAAAAGUGCGCAAAGUGCGAAAAUGGCUUUGUGUACUCGCCGAAUAAUACUUUCCAGGAAACUGUGGUUUCGAGAUUUGACUGGAUUUGCGAAGAAUCGCUUUUCCCCGCUUCUUCCAUUUCGACCUCGCUGUUCAUGCUUGGCUUGCUCGUUGGCGCCCUCGGAUUUGGUCGAAUUUCGGACAUUAUCGGACGAAAGCGAGGACUGAUGCUCGCUCAUUCUCUUUGUUUGGUUACGAAUUUGCUGCUGUACUGGGCCGAUGGACCAGUUAGCUUUACGCUGAUGAGAUUUUUGGCUGGAGCCUUUGCUCAUGCUUGUGUGGUGGUUAGCUAUGUUUAUUGCAUUGAACAAGUUGGGCCUAAAUGGAGAACAUUCCUUGGUUGCCAGCAUCUGCAGCUGUUUGAGCUUGGAAUCGUCGUUUUAUCAAUCAUCGGCUACUACAACCGAAACUGGCACGAUGUUCAGAUUGGACUCGUCCUAGUUGGUCUUCCAUUCCUCCCGCUUUAUUUCUACCUUCCUUCUUCCUACAAAUGGCUUUACUCGAAAGGAAAGAAUUCGGAAGCUCGGGCGACUUUGAAACUCAUUUCCGCCAAAACUGGUGGAACUAUUGACGAUGAAUGGAUCAAUGAAUUUGAGCUGAAAUCCUUGAACAAUGAAGAAGAAAAGGCUGGAAUCGCGGAUUUGAUCAAAAAUCCGUACUUGAGAUGGAAGACGGUGGUGAUGUUUUUUAAUUGGUUUGUUACCUCGAUGGUUUACUAUGGUCUUGGUUUGAACGCUGGAAGCCUUUCUGGAAACAUCUUCGUAAACAAUGCUCUUUGUGGAAUUUUCGAUGCUGUGGCAAAAUUUUUAUCGCCCUUCAUGAUCGGCUCGCGCUUUGGAAGAAGAGGAACGCUUUGCUUUUUAUUCGUGGCCGGUGGUUUGGCUUGUAUUGGGGCGAUGGUGCUCAGUUUGAUGUCCGGAUGCGAGGAAAUUCAUAAUGGGGAUUGUUUUCUUCCCGAAAAGGCGGAAUGCAAAGAAAUCUACCUGGAAAUCGCAAAAUGGCUCGCUCUCGCGGGCAAAUUCUGCUCCUCCGCCACCUUCACCAUCGUCUACAUCUACACCGCCGAGCUCAACCCAACGUGCGUCCGCGCCACUGCCGUCGGUCUCAGCUCAGCGGGAGGCCGAAUCGGUGGUGCUAUCAGUCCACUCGUCUUUGGACUUGAUAACACUUUCCCAUGGUUUUCCAAUACAUUUUUUGGAAUUUGUGGGCUGCUAGCGGGAUGGGCGACAUUAUCAUUGCCAGAGACGAAGGGACAACCAAUGCUUCAAACAAUGGAAGAUGUGAACGACGUUUACCAGCGAGAAUGCGAGCAGGAAGCUCUUCUCGAAGAAAAGAAAACGAAAGCUGAAGAAAACUAA